CAAGUAUCGAUUACAGUACUCACUCAAUGCGGUUUUAUUGGCGUAAACACAACUAUUGUAUACAAGUUUAAGAUUUAAAUACAUAUUUGAGCACUAUGGCCUCAAAUAGCAUGCCAGAGGAGAGUUUCGAGGGCGGCGAUUUCAACUUCGAUGACGAUGCGGACGAUGACCAAUUUGUGGCUACCAACUCCGGAAGAAAGCGCCUUUUCAGCAAGGAGCUGCGCUGCAUGAUGUUCGGAUUUGGAGACGACAAAAAUCCAUACACGGAAACCGUAGACUUGCUGGAAGACCUGGUCAUCGAGUAUAUUGCUGAGACCACUCACCGGGCAAUGGAAAUCGGUCGAACAGGCCGCGUUCAAGUCGAGGACAUUAUCUUUCUGGUGCGCAAAGAUCCCCGAAAAUACGCCAGGGUCAAGGAUCUCCUGACCAUGAACGAGGAGCUGAAGAAGGCGCGAAAGGCCUUCGAUGAGAUCAAGUAUGUGGGCACCGAGGGCAAGCUUAAAUGACAGCGGCCAAAAAAAGCAACACCAAAUCCACGUGCAAGCCAAUCCUAGCAGUAAGCUCCAAUACAAAUUAUUUUACAAGUCUUUAAUAUUCUAAGCUAGCGCAUAAUAAACUAAUCAAAAUAGUCUUCAAUGUCAA